AUGGAAAAUGUUUCCAAAAAACACGAUGAUAAAGUUAUUAAAAAAAAGAUGAGUUGUGAGAUAUUAAGUACAAGGUUCCGAGCUUUUUUGUCAUAUUUUCUUCCAAUGGUAUAUGGAAUAUCAUUAUUUAGCGUUGCUUGGCUAAAAGUAUCUUCACCUAUAUUUAUUGCAGUGUGUUUAGCAUUUGGAUCAAUUGAUGUAAUUACAUCAAUAGUUGGUAUGAUUGGAGUUCUUUGCCCAUCCGGACUUGCAAUAAGAUCAACUAUUCCUCUUUUAGCAAUGGAGAAUUUAGUUACAUUCUUGAUUUCAAUUGGAUUGUUGGUUGAAAGCAUAAUUUACAAGGAAAACACAAAAGAUUACUUGAUAUUGGAUUUUAGUGUUGGCUUAACUAUAUCAUUUGUAUUAAUGAUUAGUACUAUUUUAAGUGUGAUAUGUAUUUGGAAAAUAUCUGAUUAUUUAAACGAAAUUGAGGCAACAAGCAUUUUUGAAGAGCUAUCUGGUAAAAAAGUAAGAUCAUCUAAAUAUAUGAAUUCUAUAAAUAAAAUCUCUAGCAAUUUAGAUAAUAAACCUCUUUUAUCGAAACUUAAUUCAAAGAAUAGUGAAGUUAAAAAUCAAGAUAUUUCUAAUAAUAAUAAAAGUGCUAAUGAUCCCAACAAUAAUUUAGCCAUUGUUAUUAAAGAAUAA